AGUAAAAUGUUUGCAUAGUUAAGUGACUUGACAGUAUACAGAAUAGAUAACGGAGUUGCAUCAUUAUACAUUUCCAGUUACAUUGUCCCUCUGCCAAAGACGGAUGUAUUUUGUCAUGAGCCAAUAAGAUUUUAAAGACACUGCAAACACAGCCGUCACUGUCCUUCUGGCUUCAGAAACCAUGUCAGCAAAUGCUCAGCAAGCCUGCAAGGUGUUUUCCUUAUGUGGGAAGGUGGCACUAAUUACUGGUGCCAGUUCGGGAAUAGGAGCUGCAACCAGUAUCCUGUUUGCCAGACUUGGAUCUAAGGUGGCAAUAAAUGGACGAAAUUUGGAAAGACUGAAAGAAACAGCAAGGCAGUGUGAUGAAGUCCAAAGCACCAAGGCCUUCCUAGUGCCUGGUGACGUAACAGAUGAAGCAGUUGCUAUGGAUAUAGUAAAGAACACUGUUACCAAGUUUGGGCAACUAGACGUUUUGAUCAACAAUGCUGGAAUACCUGGACCUGGAACGAUUGAAAAUACCACACUGGAGCAGUUUGAUAAAGUCAUGAACACUAAUAUGAGAGCGGUAUACCAUCUUACCAUGCUGGCAGUACCCCACCUAAUUAAAUCCAAAGGCUGCAUCGUAAACAUAUCUAGCAUUUGUGGAAUACAUUCGCUACCUAAUUACUUGGCUUACAGCUUGUCCAAGGUAGCACUGGAACAUUUUACAAAAUGUGUGUCCAUAGAACUGGCAUCAAAACAAGUGAGAGUAAAUGCUGUGCGUCCUGGAUUGAUUGAUACUAAUAUUUUUGAAGCAGCAGGUAUGAGUCAGGAGAAACGUGCCAAGUUUAUAGAACACAGUAAGACGACUCAUGCACUGGGAAGGAUAGGAACACCAGAUGAAGUCGCUCAAGCUGUCGCCUUCUUGGCCUCUGAUGCAGCGUCGUUUACUACUGGGAUCUCCCUCUCUGUGGAUGGGGGGAGACAUGCAAUGGCUCCAGUCUAAAAGCUAAAAGAAAACCAAGAAACCUUUCAUAUCUAAUCUGUAGUACAACAAGAAAUGUGUAUGAAGUGCAUUCUCUAGCUAUAGUUAACUAUUGAUAGUUGUCUAAAUGUGCUCUGUAAAAUCAGCCUUUUACUGCACUAAGAAAUAAAACCUUGCAGGAAUCAAAUUACAUAACUAGGAACUAGGCCACUUCAGUCACAUGACUAAAUAUGGUAACAAAUUCCUUGGAUGGGUUUAGCCUGCAUUUCACAUUACUUUAAUAAUGUUUUCUUUAAUUGUUUCUUAAAUAGCAUGACUCAUUACAUUUAACACUGCAGUAGAAUCAGAGCAGUUCUUGCUAAAGAUAAUGAAUUCAUUCAUCAAUUAUAGGAAGAAAGGGUAAGUUAGUUGACCAUGUCCACAUUUAUGUGCCUGUUCUGAUUUCAUCUAUUCACAUAAAAUAAGCAUUCUCUUCA